AUGGAGUUGCCUCCUCCGGGAAACCGGAGGGUUUCCAUCAGUAACCCUCAAGAGACACCCCACAGGCUUUCCACCGCCCACGGCGUGAUGCCCGCCCGCUCGUCUAUGGCCUCCUCCAUUGGCUCCCCGAAGCCCCACGCCUUGCCUGAUGCCCACAAGUCUUCCAUCCCGAGCAGUGUGCCAGGCGGGUCCAUGCUGCCCAGCUCCAUCCCCCAGAAGAGCGCCCUCUUCCUUCCGGAUGCCACCGCGCACCAGCGCAGAGGAUCCACUGUCUCCUCCGUGCGCUACGCCGACGAACAAGCCAAGCAAGUGGCCUCGGACAAAGAGAAGGACAAGGAGAAAAAGGGCAAGAGCAAGGGCAAGAGCAAGAACAAGGGCGCAGGACUGCUGAACAUGCUAAGAAAAACUCUUCAAGGGUCUCAGAGUGAAGAAAUGGUAGUAACAAGUGAAACACCAAAUUUGGUACCGUUUGGAGAUGUGGUCGGCUGCCUGGCUGUUCACAUAAAGAGUUGUCGACAGUUUUCUCACAGAUUCAUUGUACAACAACACGUUAAUCUGUUCAUUCGUAUCUGUAUAAAUCACGUCACGAAAUGCACGAAACUCCGGAACUUGAAAGCCACCAACAACGAAAAGAACCUUGUACUCAGGUUUGACGAAGUGAAGUAUUUUUCUGUACAGGUUCCCAGACGUCAAGAUGAUGAGAGGAAUAAUAUUUUUUUGGAGCUAAUGCAAGAUGGAGGAAGUACAGAGAGACCCGCCCUUUCCUUGGGCGGUGUUGAAGCACAUCUUUACGAAAUAAUCCAGAAAGGCUGCUUCACCGAAGUCCUGCAGAUGAAGCACAGAAACUCGUCUAUCUGCAGGGUGGAGGUGGAGUUCAUGUUUUCCUAUGGAACCUUUGGCUAUGGAUUUUCACAUCAGCUGAAACCUCUUCAAAAAAUCAUCGAGCCAUCCAUGUUUAUGAAGAUCGCCCCUCCUCCAGAAAGGACAGACCCUGUCACAAACGUUAUUACCCCUCAACGAGUCGAAUACCCAGCCUUCUUAUCCCCAGAACUUAACGUUUCCGUCGGGGCUGCCGAAAGCAGCCAUCCGAACGCCGUGCGACUCGAAAAACUCCAGGAGAAACCCCGGGAAAGGUUGGAAAAAAUGAAAGAGGAAUAUAAAAAUCUAAACACAUGGAUGGAAAAAUCUGAGUAUUUAAGAAACCUUAUUACUCCAAAAGUGGCUUCCAAAGUUUCAGAGGAACCUAGUUUGAAUGACCUAUCUGAAUUUGUGGACAAGGGUGAUAAGGAAGGCCGGGGAAUACCAGUUGUGAAACUGGUGGACCAAGAUUUCUCAGAGCACACUCUUGCUGAAAGUGUGGAAUCCACACCGGGAGACAUCCCGCUGCCCCCUAUCCACACCCUGCAGAUAAUAGAGGAAGAUGAGACACCACGCAGCAGCACACAAGCAGCUCCGGAGUGGGACGUGCCCUACGAAGAGAGGAAAAGUGUAGUGUUUCCACCGGAUCACAGUCUAAUCCCCAAACGUCCCAGCAUUUUAAGAAUAGCCUCAUCUCUGCAGGAGGUAAAGUCGAGUUUACCCGUAAACCCGGAGAGCCCCACCCAGAUAAGACAAACUUGGGAAAGACAUCCUACGGACCUUACCAGUAGUCUCCGAAAGGUGGCUUUUGUGCAGAAAGAGUAUACUACACCUGUUUUCAGAGCGGACUCUAGAGAAUUCAAGCCAAAAUAUCAGUUUCAGAAACUCAUCAAGAGUGGUCUUGAUCCUUUUCUAAGGAACAUAAACAGCAAAAUGCCAUUCAGAAAGAAGAAAGGCCAAGGUGCACACAAAUCUCCAAGCAUUUCAAGUGCAGAUGACGCAGAACACGAAGACCAAGACCCUCCUUACACAGAACAUUCAAGGUCUGCAGGAUCUCACACAUCCUGGGCUGAAGAUCCUAACCUCGCCACAACCCACAUGCUACCAAACGUACCUUUCCCAAACUACCAAAAAGAAUCGUCCUCGCCUGAAAAUGUAAACAUCUAUCACCCCUUGAGCUCAACCAAGUUGACCUCUGAUGCUGAAAAUAGAAGACCGUCCACAGCGCUCAAAUCAGUUUUCAGGAGGAAUCUGCAAGACCUCUCAGACGAGUUAUUUCCUAAGCCAGACGCUGGCACAAACACUGCCGAGGCAGUACGGGGAAGCUCCUCUCUGUCUCUAAGUGUGCGCGACAGGCCCUCAAAUGGGGUCGAAGACAAAGUGUUUGAAAAGGUCCAAGACAUAAAGAACUGGCUUUCGUCCAAAGACAUUCUAAAUUCACAGGCUCUUCUAAGUCCCGUGGUUAAAAGUGUUCCUCAAGAUGUACUUCCGGAAGGCGGACCGGGAACAUCUUCAGACAUAGGAGGUGUCUCCGGCAAACCCUUAGAGGCUGCUGAAAUAAAUUUUCCAACGAACAGAAAGAGCAGCUUUAAAGCAAAGCAUUUAGUAAGCGAAGCGUCAAGCUCCAGUCUGGGUUUAAAUGGUGGUGUCUAUGAACACAUCAUUAAGCAAAUAUUCACUGGGCCCCUAUUAUCACACCUGGAGGCAGGGAUGGCGCUGAGUGAGGCACAGACGGCCCUGCAGAAACAGCUGCUCGCUUCCUCGGAGAGAAGUUCGUCGUCACAGAUUGAUAACUAUGACAGCAAUGAAGUUCCUUUGUCGCCGGCCAAAUCCAGUAUAAGCAGAAUCUUACAGUCUUUUCCCGUAGACACUCUCUUGGAAUCUGGGAUGAUCAGCGUGACAGAACUAGAAAAAGAGAACCAGAGCUCUUUGUUGGACGGACAGACGGCCUCUCCCGAGGACAAGGUGCAGAACCCGACGGAGCAGCACUCUAACGUCCAAAGCCAAAUAAAGCUGCUUUCAAGACGGACUACGCCUACUACUCAGCCCACAGAUACCUUUGUGAGUGGAGCUGAUUACCAAGAAGACAGCCAAAGAAUAGACAAACAGUCAGACUUCCUGAACGAGCAGCAACAUCUGGAUACAGAGGAGACUGGGCUAAGUUCCACGUUGGAGACUUUAAGUAGCAGCUUCGUGGGCAAACUUAAAGACAUAGAUGCAGUCAUGUUAAAAUCCUUCCUGAAAAAUAUCUUCAGGGCGUUCUUCAAAUAUAACCAGUCAGAGAAAGAGCUUGACAGACUAAUUUCACAUUCUGCGCCCCACGGUGCAGAACACCUAGAAAAAAUUCAAGGGGAUUUUAACAAAGCAGACAGAGUAGACAGGAAAGCCACUUUGGAUCCGAAGCUGUGUGGGCUUCUAGAGAAACUGUCAGAGUCAGAAGUCAAAACUCUGAAGGUCGAGUUAGGUAAGCACAUUCAGCAUUACCUUAUAGAAAGGCUCUCGGAGGUGGGCCACAUCACCAAGGAGGAUUUACCAAAAGUUUACGGAAACCUGGGUCAGAUGAGCGAGAAAGCAGAGGCCAAAGAGCCAAGCCCUCCCCAGGACAAGGAUUCGGAAACCAUCAAGGAAGUCGUGUCUUUUGUGAAGAGUUUCAACCAUCACUUCGUAGAUAAACACUUAGAAACAAAACUUCGAUCUUUCCUAAAUGAAAUUCUCCAAAAAUGUUGCCUGAGGAAUCUUUCAGGGAGCAAUUUAUUCAAUGAGGCAGAUAGCAUGUCUCUCCGCCCCAGCAUGUCCUCGCUGAGAAGUAAGAGCACCCCAAGGUGUUUGCCUGAGCUGGAACAAGACAUUGCCAGUGGAGGUUUGGAUUCAAAGCUUAAAAUAAACAUGAAAUACCCUUUAAGUGAAUCUCUACAAAAUUGCCUCAAUGUUUUACCAGAAAAUGAAUUAUUAGGUCUAAAAACGGAUUUGAAUAAAUACGUCCAGGUUCUCUUUAUAGAAAAACUUCAGAAAUCAGGACUAAUUACAGAAAAACAGCUAGAGGGGAUCAGCCAGCAAGUUAAUUCUCUUGAUUCAUCUUCCAGGUCAUUAAACUACACAAAACCAGAUUUAUCUCUUAGAGAUGAAAGUUACUUUAUGAGGGAGGAUUCAGAAAAGCAAAAGAAAUAUCCAAAAGUCUGUCAAAAUCCCAUGUCACCAACAUUUCUUGAAGAUCCAUACGGAGAGAAAGAACUGACCCAAGAGGAAGAAAGCGGGGGCUCUUUCUCACACAGUUUGAAAGAAAAUCCACCAGCAGUCUGGGAACAUAAGCAUGUUUAUAGUAGGGAAGUUAAAACACUAAUAAAAGUACAACCUCAUCCCAAUAAAAAUAUCCAGGCAAAUCCAUUAAACAAGUCACCAGAAAGACUUGCAGAUCUAUUACUUAAGAAACACCAGAAAGAUCAUGGUUUCAUGCAACUUCCUCAAGCAGAAAACUCUGUUUACAAAGCAGAGACUCAAGAGUCCUACAGCUGGGAUGGUCGAUCAAAAUCAGUUCAAUCAAAACUUUGCUUUGAAAAGACACUAAGAGCGAAGUCACUUGACAAAAGGGAGAGCAAUAACAUCUGUAAAUUGCUUGCUCAGGAAAAACCCGAUACGGGAUUGCCACCUUAUCUAAAGCUUCCUACCUCCAAAAUGUCAAGAGAAAAUGAACACUUAAAUAGACUCCCCUUCCCUACCUGGCGGAAUAACACUUUCCUUUAUGUCAACACAGAGAGUGGGGAACAAUCAAAACUAGACAAGUACUGUCAAAAGUGGAAAGGAAACAAUAACAACAAUAAAAAACACUUGGUAACGUUUGCACAAUUCAAAAACGAAAUGGAAACUCUUUACACAAACCCGUACGAAGCUUGCCGUGAAAAAUGCACCAAGAUCUCUGAAUUGCCGCCAUUUGAAAACAAAGAAGAUGGGAGAGACUCACGGCCAUCCUUCUUCCCAGAAGUACUGAAGAGAGAAAACAUGAAAUCCAAAAGAAGAGAUUACAUCGUCAAACCGAAGAAGUCAUUUUACAAGCUAGUUAGGAUACUGCCAGCCACACUGCCCACAAGACCUCACCUCCGGAAGUCUGUCCCAAGGACUUUGCUUCACUGGACUGCAAGGAGAACUAUACAUGACUGUUUGGAUAGAUUCGACGAUUUACACAUGCCUUCAGUCAAACGUCCUAAAAACUCAAAAUCAAGAGCCAGACUUUUAGGCAAGAGUCCAGACGAUCCCCACAACCAGGCAAAGCACUGUGCACGACCCUUCACUGCGCCGAACAAAGGCCGAGAAAGUGUCGCCGGGAAAUUCGCAAGUCCUCGGAUGGUUUCAGCGGGCUUAGUUCAUAUACACGAUACCACCCCAGAGUACGAGAUACGUAAAAUACGGUCCAAAAGAAAAUUAAAAGAGAAUAUUGAAAAACGUCCGCUCAUUUGUGAUAUUAUCCAGAUGCUAGAUACUAUAGGAUGAUAUGUGAGGCCACCAGUCAGAAUAUAAUUCCUGCACUCACAAAAUGGUUUGGAGAUCUAUCCCCCGUGUGUGAUAGAAGUCAGCAACUAAGUUUCAUCUUGUGAGACCAUUUUGUUACGAUUAAAACGAAAAAUAAACA